CGUCACGUUCUUUGCAUAUUGAUAACCGGCGCGCAGCUCUCUCGCUGAUCAGCUGUUACGGCUUGGUGGUAAAUGGAAUCUCUAACGCGGCUUCAGUGAUAGAGCCCUCUUGUGAGAGCUGGCUGGCCCUCGCUGGGCUACUACAGACAUGGGAAAUAAUCAGUCCAUCUCCUGCCUGGUGGACCGACCUCAAGCUCAGCUCAGCACCUACCUGACUCCCAAACAAAUCAAACUGGUUCAAGAUUCCUGGGAUGAAAUCAAAGAUGACUUACCCACGCUUGGAGUUACCAUAUUUCUUAAAUUCUUUGAGACCGAGCCAGAUAUGAAAUCGUUGUUCCCCAAAAUCGUCCGGAUGAACGAGGCGAACCAGCUGGAGUGGGAUAUGGACAGAGAGAUGCUGCAGAAGCACGCUGUGACGGUGAUGGAGGGACUCGGCGCUGCAGUCGAGAGUCUGGAGGACUCGGACUUCCUCAACAGCGUCCUUAUAUCGAUAGGGCAGACCCACGUCAAGAGGAGCGUCAAACCCCAGAUGUUGAAGGUAAGGCUGUGGCCUUCCCUCAACCAUGGUCUAGGGGUGGUGCUAGCUGACAAAUACACGAAGGAAGUGUCGGAAGCGUGGAGGAAGGUGUACAUCUACAUCAGUGUCCAAAUGAAGAGAGGCAUGGAGAAUCCUGACAGGGACUUCAAUGAAGACAUGUCGGUGUCAUGACGACUUGUCAAUGUUGGUGUUCACAGCAAAGAUUGGUGGGGACCACCACGAAGCACACACUGUCACAUACUGCACCUGUCAGUUGUCCAUUUCAUUUAAGGAUUACAACCAUAAUGUAAUUCCUAUGUCACAUUGUGCCAAAAUACAUGACGUUCACUCGUGGCAAGUUGUCCAGGUAUGUCUGUUUUACAAGACUGCAUAUAAUAUAACGUUUGCCCCACACUCGGGGCAAGGUAUGGUAUUUUACACAAGUUUUAGUAGUGUACACAGAAAAUGACGUACAUGUGUGGCAAGGUAUUAGUAAUAAAUCACUGUAUACUACACAGAGCAUGUACUGUCGUGGCAAGUUGCCUAGUUUCAUGUUAUUUAUUAUUGCACAGAAUAAAGAACCUGCCCUACAUUGAUUGGAUUGCCUAAAUAGGAAUGGUUUAAAGAUUUCAUUUUGCCAAAAUCCUGACAAAAACGCUUGUCGAGUGGCUUUGAUUUGUGAACAUUGUAAAGAUUCAAACAAAAUGCGUUGCGAGAAUGGGUUUUUAUGAGCUUGAAAUUUCACAGAGAAGGACCUACACAGUAGGCAUGUUGCCAAUUUUAGCACAGAAGGACCCCACACUUAUGGGAGGAUGUCUAGGUGCGGAUGUCUAAAUGUUUUUUAACGAGAGAAAUGGUGUACAAGUGGAUAAGGCAUUGUUUACAGAAUUGUAAUUUUCACCGACGUACACACAUGUCAAGUUGCCUAUAUAAGCAUGUCUUUUUUGUAUAUAUGAUUUUUAGUCGCGUUUUACGCGGGGGUAGUAUGACAAUUCACCCCCUGGAUAAAAGAUGUUAUACACUAUACAUUAUGUCAAAAACUUUGAAUAUGUAAGUAUAGAUACAUGGUUUCAUUUUACACAGCAAAGGUGAUAGUUACCUAAUCUCUGUGAGCAUAAGUCGAAUAAGUCGAAAGCAUAAUGUAAUUUCAUAAAUUCCAUGGAGUACUGACACAUGGACAAGACACACGAUUUCCGACCUGUCCAUUUCCUAGUUUAAUCCGUGUAAUCUGUGUAAUCCGACCUAUCCCCGAAAUACACACACACACACACACACACACACACACACACACACACACACACACACACACACACGGACACUUUCUCAACUCGGUGUGACGAUUGGAAAUUAAAUCCAACAGAACGAAUACCAAUAUCAUUGAUAUGCCCACCGUCCCAUUAGAUCCAGGUGAUAAUGCAUCGACAAAAAGUGAUUACAAUAAAUAUUUCAUCAUAUACGUUUUUUAAACUUAUUUAUUUUACAAUGGGGAUGAAAUACACAUGGUGGUAUUUCAUGAAUCAAUGUGUGUGUAUCUUUUUGUGACAUUUGUAGAGGAACGAGUGCUUUUUACAACAUAUGAUCUUAUGUCAGCAUAAUCUCAUACUGUUUUGGGUUCCUUUACCUAUUUAUUUGACAAUAUAAAUUGUUUGCUUUUCAUUCCAUAUACCAAAUAUUUGCCCUAAUAGAUCGGUGGUAUUAAGCCCAGACAAUGUUUUUGUCCUGCUGUAGACUUUUGAAAAUAUUUCUUUCAUUUUCUCCGUUUGUGUCACGCCGAUGUCUUGAAAUGUAAUAUAUACGAAACAGAAGAAAAAAAUCUUCUUUGAUUCCUGGCAAUACAUUUACUAAAUAGUAUCUUUUCAAGUUAUUCUUAUUACUUGAUGGUCAUCAAUCAUGUCAUAAUCAAUAUUCGUCACAUUCCUUAGCACACGCACAAAUAAUGCUAACAUGCCUUUUCAGAAUAUGACUACGUUCAAGUCAAUUCAAUUCUUUAUUGUAUGAAAGGCCACAGGCCCAUGUACAACGGUCUUACAUACCAUAUUUUAUAAGAUACAAAGCCAAGGUAACAAUUCACUUCGUGACAAUAACGCAUGAUGUAUGUACAAAGCCAAUUGAUGUUGUAUUAGAGUAUCCUUGCAGGGCUCUAAUGAAGACAAUCUUAUAGCAUUAAGUGAGAUAAAGCCCAUUGCGGUUUCUUAGAUUUUCGUAUAUAGGGCAAAUGAACACAAAAUGGUAUUCAUAUUCGACAACAAUUCCACCGAAAGGACAUAACCUUAGGGAUUUCUCAAUAGAUGAAAAUUUUCCUGUGUUAAUUUUUGAUCCUUCAGAAACGGACGUGUUGGAAUGCUUAAACGUUUCUCUUUUACAGGAUUCCUGCACUUGAACAUGUACACAGCAGACGCAUUUCAACGUUAACAUAUCGUGUUUAGUUUUAACAAAUUCAGUAAACGCGCUAUCUGUUUCUGGAUUGUCUAAUCACUUUCACUUGAAGUCUGGUCAAGACUCGUUUUCAGUUUUAACAAAAUCAGUAAUUCCCUAACGUGUCACUGGAUUGUCUGGUCAAGACUCAUCGCAGUUAUGACCACCGUCGUAUGGUAGAACUACUUUGUGGGCGUUCGGCAACACACAAUCACUUAUUUUCUUAUGCAAAUUGUGUAAGUGGCAGGUGCUACCAGUAGAGCAGGACAUGCCUAACCUUUUUGCAAACACCUGGUGUCAUCACUGAUUUUCAAUGACCCAUUCAUAUAACUGUCACCAGUAUUUAGUCUUUUGCGCCGAAUGGAAUCUGUUUCGGCAGAUAAUGGAGACUGAUAUUCUCUGUUUAACGUCUUACAAAAAAAUCUAGGAUAUGGAAAUAAGUAAAUCAAUACUAUCUGAAUCAAUUAAGUUCCUAACCAACUCUCUUUAUACAUGUCUGCACUCAUCCCACUUUGUAUUGUCGACACGGCCAUACAUUUGUAACUACGAUUUAUGUAGACUCUAUGCUAAGCAUUUAAUGAUUUCAUUGUAUGUAUUCUACAUUCGUUAAAUAUGUUUAUUUGUCUACGUUUGUGACGUGAAUUUGUUUGUACGCAUAUGUACAAUGCCCUCUGUUACUACACUAUAUCUACAUUGUUAUUUGAACAUGUAUACAUACUGUCGUGUUAACAUGUCUAUGUUUAUUGUUGAUUCAACCAUUUACGGUGCUUAGUUUUUCACAAGGGAUCACAGUCUGCUUGGUGUAAAUACAUAUUGAUAUAUAACCAUAGUGAAUGUUAGCCAGUCUCCUAAGUCCAGUCUAAAACACAGAAUGUACAGACAUGGUUCAUCACAAAAUGACAUUGUUUUACUACAGUUACUAUGUGUAUAUUUGCAGUAUUGAAUAUGUUAGUUAAGUGGCUGUGGAAAACGCACUGUAACUCACUGAAGUAUAUAUUAUAUGUAGUCUGUCUGCUCUUAUAACAUCAGAGAUAAAAGAAAUGAACAUAGCUAA